AAUCAGGGUACAAUUUUUGGUCUUUUGGGUCCUAAUGGAGCAGGUUUAUAUAAACCAACAGAAGGUGAUGCAACAUUUAACGGUUUAAGCAUUUCCGUUUCAAUAAAUGAUAUUUAUCGAAGCAUUGGUGUUUAUCCACGACGUGAUAUUCUUUGGGAUAACCUCACAGGGAUUUCAAUAAAUCAUUAA